AUGCAGAAAAAUCAUCAACAUCUUGUUCGGCCCUGUGCCGUUCUUGUUGAACGCUUAAACGAUACAUUUAUUCCCUCGAAACGAUACAAAGUCGAUGCUGAUAUUAUCUAUCGUUCAUUAAAUGAGCAAUCAUCCAAUCCGCAUGAUGAAUUAUCUGUUGAUGUGUUAAUGUUACCAAAUAAUAAAGUUAAAAUAUCUUCAUCGUCAACAUUCGAUGAUUUACCAAUUCAUACAACCAAUUCAACGACAACAAACGAUGAAAUAAAACCCAUGGUACGCAUACGUCCACAUCAAUCAUCAAUCGAUUCGAUUGAUUAUGAUCUAUCAACAACAAAACGUUCGAAUUCACAAGCAACAACGUCACGUUCAUCAAAUAAGUACGAUAGUGAUUCCUAUUUAUUGAAUGGUCCAUUCGAUUCUGAAGAUGAACUUGGCAUGGAUUUGAAUGACGAUGAAUUAGCAUCGAUUCAUCGCGUCUUAGACUUUGAUGAUGAUGACAUGUCGAAUUUCGACGAUGAAAAUCCUCAAUUAUCAUCAACAACAGGACCUGGCUAUCAUCCGGCACAAUUACCCGACUUAGUUAUGGGCUCGUUGAGAGCCGAUAGUGAUGUUAAAUUUGAACCGUCGUUUCAAUAUAGUGAUUUAUUUAAUCGUAAAGGACGAACAUUUGUCUGUGACGAACGAGGAAAUCGUGUGGUAUCCGUUAAACUUGAUAAAAACUCAGCGAAACAUUUAAUUGAUGCUAUCGAGCGAAAUUUAGGACGAUUAAUUCUGGAAGAAUGCCGACGUGGAGAUCUACAAGCACAUAUAUUAAAAGUUGUGUUUAAAGAUGAACAGGAAUUUUUCGAUUUUAACCGUUCAGCCAUUGUAUCGAAACAUUCAUUUAAGCAAUGUCCUGAAAUGUAUACAAGAUUUCUUGAAAGUUUAUUUGAAUCUCAAACCUAUCCGAAUGAUAAUGAAAAUGAUCCACUUGGAAAUGAUGAAGCUGAUCAAAUGAGUCAUUCAUAUUGUUGUAAAGUCCACGAAUGUGGUGAAGCAUUUCCGUCAAGAUCCGAAGCCAUGAAACAUGCAAAAAAACAUGCUGAACUCGAUCCAUUUGAUUUCGUAUGCGAUCAUUGUGGAAAGAAAUUUCUGGGCAUCGCCAAUAUGAAACGACAUUUACGUGUUCAUAUGGGUAGUGAAGGAAAAGAUUUUGCUUGUCCAUUAUGUCACUACCGUGGUUGUACAACAACACAUGUUAAACGUCAUAUGGCACAUAAACAUUUAGAAAAAUCGAUUCCAUGUCCUUAUUGUUCAUUUAUGGCCGCAACAAAUGCUGAUCUUAAAAUUCAUAUGGCUCGUCGACAUUGGGACAUUGAAGGACUCGAUAUUUUGAAUAAUCUACCUAAAACAUAUAAAAAAGAAUGGAAAUGUAAUAAAUGUGAUACAGUCUUUCAUGAUUAUUCGGAUUUUCAAAAUCAUAUUUAUAGUCAUUCAAGUCAGACGAAUAAAUUUCAAUGCAACUUAUGUCCGUAUAAUUGUAAAAGUUUUUCAAAAUUAAAACGUCAUAUGCUCUAUCAUCAAGGACAACGUAAUUAUGAAUGUCCAAAAUGUAAUAAUAAAUUCUAUCAAAUGGAACAUCUUAAACGUCAUUUAACAUCAAUACAUAAAUUAAACAUACCACAAAUCGGUCGAGGAAAUCGUUUAUUUGGUUCAGAUCUUCUUAAACGAAACUCUGACAUGCCAAAUAUGCCUCCGCCUCAUGGCACAGUUCCACAAUGUUAUAAAGUUAUAUCGAAAUGUGUGUUUACAUGUCAAAAAUGUCCAUUUUCAACGACGAAACUUUACCAUUUAAAUGAACAUGUUAAAAGUGAACAUUUACAAUUGGAUGAUUCAGCACAUGUUUGUACUUUCUGUUCGUAUAUAACGGAUAAAAAAACGAACCUCAAACGUCAUUUACAUCAUAAUCAUGCUGGACAAUCGAAUACACCUGUACUUUUAUCGAACGAUGCUCUUCUAUCGAAUCCAAAUACAAAAUUUCAAUGCGGACUUUGCCGUCGAUAUCAAAGCAAUGUGGAUGAAUUUAUUAAACAUAUUACAGAAAAACAUCGAAUGGAUGUUGUCAUUUUAGAUUCUGCUAAUAAUGGAAAUAUUCAUCAACAGAUAAAAUCGCGUGGUCGCGCGGAGUUAAUUUGUGCAAGUAAUAAUACGACACCAUUUCGUUUCGACGAAUAUGGUGGUCUUGUAACUGUAAUGAAAAAUCCAGGUAAUUCAAAUGAUUUAAAUUCCAGUCAAAUGGCAAUCAAUGAUCAAAAUAAUUCGGCAUCGACAACAAAUCCAACGACAGACUUUUUACUUUCGCAAUAA